CAAAGGAGGUACCAUCAAAGCUGCAUCAGGAUUCAAUGCUGUUGAGGAUGCCCAGACCCUGCGGAAGGCCAUGAAAGGGCUGGGCACYGAUGAAGAUGCCAUCAUUGGAGUCCUCGCCUACCGCAACACGGCCCARCGCCAGGAAAUCAGAACAGCCUACAAGAGCAACAUUGGCAGGGACCUGAUGGAUGACUUGAARUCAGAACUAAGCGGCAAGUUCGAGCAGGUCAUCAUAGGCAUGAUGACACCCACCGUGCUGUACGAUGUGCAGGAGCUGCGAAAGGCCAUAAAGGGAGCUGGCACAGAUGAAGGAUGCCUGAUUGAGAUCCUGGCCUCCCGGACCCCAGAGGAGAUCCGUCGCAUCAACCAGGUUUACCAGCAGCAAUAUGGACGGAGCCUUGAAGAUGACAUUUGCUCGGACACAUCCUUCAUGUUCCAGCGAGUGCUGGUGUCUCUGUCAGCUGGUGGCAGGGAUGAGGGGAAUUUCCUGGAUGAUGCGCUCAUGAAACAGGAUGCCCAGGACCUGUAUGCGGCUGGAGAGCAGAGAUGGGGGACAGAUGAGGUGAAAUUUCUAUCUGUUCUCUGUUCCCGGAAUCGAAAUCAUCUGUUGCAUGUGUUUGAUGAAUACAAAAGGAUAUCACAGAAGGAUAUUGAACAGAGUAUUAUAUCUGAGACAUCUGGUCAUUUUGAAGAUGCUCUGCUGGCUAUAGUAAAAUGCAUGAGGAAUAAAUCUGCAUAUUUUGCUGAAAGGCUUUAUAAAUCUAUGAAGGGCUUGGGCACUGAUGAUGACACCCUUAUUAGAGUGAUGGUUUCUCGAGCAGAGAUUGACAUGCUGGACAUCCGGGCAAAUUUCAAGAGGCUCUAUGGAAAGUCUCUGUACUCUUUUAUCAAGGGUGACACAUCCGGAGACUACAGGAAAGUACUGCUCAUUCUCUGUGGAGGAGAUGAUUAAAAUAAAGUCCCAGGAGGAUUUUCUUCUCCACACUGAAAUUUUUUUUUAAGUUCAUUUUUCUACACUGCUAUUAGCAUUAACUCAGAAUGCUUAUUUCCAAUUAAGACGCCUACAGUUGCCUCCUAGGAUAUAAACUGUCUGUAUUAUUAUCAUCUAUAAUUAGUCAUUAUGAUGCAUUAAAGCUGUACUUGUAGUUCAAAGCUUGUAAGUUCUAAAUGGAGAUUUAAAAUUAGAAAUUAAAAUGUGCUCUGUGUUUCUAACAGAUUUAUGUUUCACAGAAAUUGAAUACAUUAAAUUAUUUCAUAUUUUCUUUUCAGUAAAAACUUUUAAAAUGGGAUACUGGAAGACCAUUCUAAAAUCACUUUCUUCCCUAAUCCUACUUUUAAAGAGGAUGGUAAUUUCUUCAUUUGAAAUUGUGAGCAUCUAGCUAGUAAAAUCCAUCCUGUUUUCUAUUUUGUGUGGUCAUCGAUGGAAAGCACCCACAAAUCUCCUUUUUUGGGUUUUGUUUGUAGCAUUUGUUGAUCUUUACUGUUUGUCAUAGGGGGCUUCCUUCAUUUCAUGUUGAGAACACUUUUCAAGGUUGAAGUGCACCAAAUCACCAACUCAUUUAAAUAAACUAAAAUCCAAGUGUGAUUGUACAGGUCAUAUAUGUCUGGUUACCAAAGAUAAAUGCUGAACAUUCCACAAUAUAAUAGUUAAGGUCUUCAUCUAGCUUAAAAGUGAAU